UUUUUUUUUUGUUCAGGUUUAUUCUUCUUCUUCCAUUUGUGCUUCUCAACAAUCUCUCUCUGAAACUCAAAAAAGAUCGCCAGCAAAAUGAAUAGGAUAACUGCAAGAAAAGUGGCGUUCAAUAUUCAUGCCUUGAAAUCGGCACGGAGGACUCUGUGUUGUAGUUCGGGUGUCAAGUUACCCAGUGAAGAUCGUGAUCAAGAGCUUUCAGACAAGCACGGAUCCCACACCAAUCAUCCAGUGCAUGAUGUUGCUAUUGUUGGAGGUGGCAUGGUUGGCAUGGCAUUGGCCUGCUCUUUGGCAAACACGCCAUUGACGAAGAAACUAAGUGUUGCCAUUAUCGAUAGCAAUCCAGCACUACUUAGCGGUGAUGUCAUCAAGAAAGAGGAUCCCCCAGAUCCAAGAGUUAGUACUGUCACACCAGCCACUAUAGCUCUUUUUAAAGAUAUGGGUGCGUGGAAAUAUGUCGAAGAGCAUCGUCAUGCUUACUUUGAUAAGAUGCAGGUUUGGGAUUACACCGGUCUUGGGUAUACAAAGUACAAUGCGAGAGACAUUAACAAGGAAGUACUAGGGUGCGUUGUGGAGAAUAAAGUGCUUCAUAGAUCUCUCUUGUCAGGCCUACAGAAUGCAGAUUCCGAGCAGAAAAUAUAUCACUUCAAAUUGAACUCAAUGACAACACAACCAAGCUCUUCAUCAACUCCUCACGGAUCUUUAGCAAAACUGGAACUCAGUGACGGUCAUAGCUUGUACGCAAAAUUAGUGGUUGGGGCGGAUGGAUCAAAAUCACGUGUUAAGGAGUUGGCAGGAAUAACCUCAACCGGAUGGAAAUACUCCCAAAAUGCCAUUAUAUGUACCGUACAACAUACGCAAGAAAAUUUUUGCGCAUGGCAAAGAUUUCUACCCAACGGUCCAAUUGCUCUUCUUCCAAUAGGUGACAAUUUCAGCAACAUCGUGUGGACAAUGAGCCCCGAUGAGUCAUCGAAUCGCAAAUCGAUGUCCGAACUUGAAUUUGUCGAAGAAUUAAAUCGUGCAUUGGACAGUGGCUAUGGCCCACGUCCGAAAUCUCAACUGUCGGGGGCCCCACCUUUCUCUUGGCUAACCAACUCAGAUAGAACAGCGUCUUCGGCCGAUGAUUUAUUUGAGGCUGCACCGAAAAUUACUAAAUUAGCCUCCGAAAGAAUGGUUUUCCCUUUAUCUUUAAAUCACGCUAAUCGUUACGCGUCGAAACGUGUUGCUAUUAUUGGAGAUGCUGCGCAUACUGUUCAUCCUUUGGCUGGUCAAGGAGUUAAUAUGGGAUUCGGAGAUGCGUUUUCUCUCUCUAAGGUUAUCUCUCAAGGCAUUGCAGUUGGAUCAGAUAUCGGGGAGUUAUCAUUGCUAAAACGAUACGAAUCAGAAAGGAAACCUGCAAAUGUUACAAUGAUGGCAAUCCUGGACGGGUUUCAAAAGGCGUAUUCCAUUGAUUUUGGACCGUUAAAUGUUCUUCGCGCUGCUGCAUUCCAAGGAGCCCAUUAUAUUUCACCGUUGAAAAAGAAUAUAAUCUCGUACGCCUCGGGUGAGCAGAGAUUUCCUCUUUUCUCUUGAUUUUUAUUUUUUAAUUAAGUGUUCAAUUUUGGAACCAAUCUUGUAUGGUUUUGUAAAACGAUGAAUUCUGAAAUAGGAAGUUGUAAUAAAAAGGCUCUUUUUUCUUGAUGUUUGGAGGCAUUUUUAGCCGUCCGGAAUAAAAGUGAUAUCCCUCAGGUUUAUUA